UAGGCAAUGUAAUAAUCACAUACCAACAAGCCGCUAGAGAGAAAGAGAAAGAGAAAGAAAGAAAGGUCCAGUUUAACAACUAUAUGAUAUACCCGCUCCUUUCUUUCCCCUAAAGAGCCUACACACCAACUCCACCAUCUAAAGUAAAAGGGACGAAACUCUCUCUUAUUUCUUAUUACAAUUAACCCAUCACUCAGUUUCUCUAUUUCUUAUUUUCCAUAGAUAUAUCUUCCUUCUUUUGAAGAAGAUCAUAAAGACAGAGAGAUCGAAGGGUGGGGACUGUACUCAAUUCAACUGCAAACAAGAAAACAUCAACACAGGAGAAAAGAUAUUGUAGUAAGACAAAAGUGGAAAUCCAAGAAAAGAGCUGGCCAGGGAAUUUUUCCACUCUCCUGAUCUCUUUUCUUUUUCUUUUCUCUUUAGUAAGUUCAAGAAACUUUCAUGGCUCCUCUAUAGCUUUCUUAUCUUUAUAAAGAAAUCUUUACUGAGAUCAUCACCCCCUAAAGAAGCCAAAAGAAAAAUAUCACACAUAAUAUAUUUAUCUUGAUUACUUGCUUCCUUCACUUACUCCCACCAAGAACCAUUGAUUUUAAUUAUUAUAACCACACAGCCAGUAUGCUGCUUAGAAACUCCAUCUCCAACACCAAAAAGUUCUUUCAAAGAACCCUACAAAAUUUCAAGUCUUUCUUUUCUACCGAUCCUUACCAGAGGAUACCAAAAACAUCUCCUUACAAUAAUCACUAUCCUAAUCACAGUACUACUCCACUUGGCACCGACAUGAAUAUUGUUCAGACAAGCUUCAACAACAACAAAGACUUGGAUAAGUUCUAUAAUGACUUCAGCGACAGGUGGGAUACAGAUAAUAGUAUCAAAGGAAAAGCAAUGAAGAGGAGAAACAAGAAAUUGAUGAGACCGCCAUCACCUGAAGCUAAACAAGAAAAAGAUUCAAUAAAUGGAAGUUUCAUGAAAUUGUCCAAGGCGAACGCUGAUCAUCAGAUACAAAGAAGAGAAGACUACAGCUAUAAGAAUGGCAAAGUGAAGGGUUUUAACAGAUUCCAGGAAAGUAAAAGAGAUGAAGAAAGGAGUUUCUUGGUGGCACAGAAGCUGAAGGAGCUAGAGAUGAUGGAUAUGAGCAAUGUGGAUCAUGUAUUGGACAUUGAAGAAGUUCUCCAUUAUUAUUCUAGACUUACAUGUCCUGCUUAUUUAGAAAUUGUAGAUAAGUUCUUCAUGGAUAUGUAUGCUGAAUUCUUCGGUCCACCUUCAACUCCGCGCAGUGUUAACUCAAGGCCACUCAGGCUCCACUCAUAAACUUUAAUUUGACAAUAUUUUCAGGUUGUCACUUUUUUUGGAUGUUCAUAUUCUUUUUUUUCUUUCUUUUGUCAGGAAUUAAUUAUCAUAUAAUUCUCUCUGUCCAUAUAAAUUUGUGCCUUUGGUUUCGCAACUGGUUUCUGUAAUCAAUUUCUAAUGGAUUUGCUCUUGUGUUUCUUGGUCCCUUGUUAAUCUAUUUUGAUAUACAUUAUUCUAA